AUUUCUUUCCCAUCUUUUUGUUUGGGUAAUCAAAACCAAUAGACUAAAGGGAACGAUUUUCUUUUCUUUCCCAUCUUCAUCCAGCUAAAACCCUCUAUCCAUCUGUCAGAGAAAAUGGUUUCUGUUUCUUGCUCUUGUGCGGUUUCUAGCUUUUGCUCCGUAGAAUAUAGAGCUCCUUCCUUUUGUGCCGGAAGUCAUGUGCGACUCACUACCCGUGCGCUUCAAAUCGGACAAGGUUAUUUCCUAAACUUGAAGAAUAAAAGUCCUCACCGGUUCGCUGUUUCCGCUGUUGUGGAUGAUAAAAGUGUUGUAACGCCUAAAGAGAAGAAAGACGAAAGUGUGGUAGAUGAGCAGAAGAUGGUCAAAGUUUGCGACAAGCUAAUUGAGGUUUUCAUGGUUGACAAGCCCUCACCAUCUGAUUGGCGAAGGCUGCUCGCUUUCAGCAAAGAAUGGGAUAGCAUCCGUCCCCAUUUCUACAAAAGGUGUCGGGAUCGAGCUGAUUCUGAGGAGGCUAACCCUGAGAUGAAGCACAAGGUUCUUCGUCUUGCAAGAAAGCUAAAGGAGGUUGAUGAAGACGUUCAAAGGCACAAUGAGCUUUUAAAUGUCAUCAAGACGACAUCACCUGCUGACAUUGGCCAACUUGUUGCCAGGCGACGUAAAGAUUUCACUAACGAGUUUUUCGACCAUUUGCACACUGUUGCCGAAUCCUACUAUGACAAUCCGGAUGAGCAGACUGUCCUUGCAUCACUUGGGAAGUUGUGUAUCGCGGCUGUACAAGCUUAUGACACUUCAACAGAAAGUAUUGAUGCACUAAACGCCGCGGAAAUGAAGCUGCAAGACAUAAUCAAUUCACCUUCUCUUGAUGCUGCCUGCAGAAAGAUUGACAGUUUGGCUGAGAAGAAUCAGCUUGACUCGGCUUUGGUUCUUAUGAUCACAAAAGCUUGGUCUGCUGCAAAGGAAUCCAACAUGAUGAAAGAUGAGGUGAAAGACAUAUUGUAUCAUUUGUACGUUACGGCCAGAGGGAAUCUGCAGAGGCUUAUGCCUAAAGAGGUGCGAAUACUCAAGUAUCUACUAUCCAUAGAGGAUCCCAAGGAACAGAUGAGCGCUCUACAAGACGCUUUUACCCCUGGAGAGGAGCUUGAAGGGACUGAUGUAGACUACUUGUACACGACGCCUGAGCAUUUGCAGAGCUUGAUAAAAACGGUGCUGGAGGCGUAUCAUUUCAGUAGAGAAGGGAGUUUAGUGAAGGAAGCCAAGGACCUUAUGCAUCCUGAGCUUAUCGCCAAAAUGGAACAACUCAAGCUGGUUGUUGAGAAGAAAUAUAUGUGAUUUGAGAUUAUAAAGAUCCUAAGCUCUCUGUUUUUUUUUUAGUUUUUUAGUUUUUAUUGUCGUGUAUGUAUAUUGUGUUUUACAUUCUCCAGGUUUCACUACUAGUUCACAAAUAUUCGAUACCA